GCCUCGUGUGGCGCCAUGGCGGAGGCUGAGGAAAAGCCUGCAGCUGCUGUCGCGGCUCCCCCGGCGCCCGCCCCGCCGCCCUGCGUGGAGCUGCCUUCCUUCGAGGCGGCCCAGGCGCUGACGGAGAGCCGCUACUCGUGCCUGGUGGUGACUCCGCAGCGGAGGCACGUCGCCCUUCCGCCGCGCUUCUUGCACCGCAAGAGGACGGGGAUCCGUGCGCAGCUGGACGCCGAGCUGCGCCGCUUCUCGGAGAGCUUUCAAGGUGUUCCUGUGGCUUAUGAUGAUAUUAAAAUAACAAAGGAAGUGGGAGAUAUAAUUGAUGACAUUGGAGCUGUCCAUCUGGACAUUGAAGCAGAUUUUGUCGUUUUCCAGCCUAAAGAAGGGAAAAAACUUGUGGGUACAAUCAAUAAAAUGGCACCUAGUCACAUAGGCUGUCUGGUACAUGGCUGUUUCAAUGCUUCCAUCCCCAAACCUGAUCACAUGUCAACCGAUGAAUGGAAAGACCUUGGCUUCCAAAUAGGCAACAGACUGAUAUUUAAAGUAUUGUGUUUUGAUUCAGAUGCUGCUGGAGUGUUCUGCAUCAAAGGAAAACUCUGUAGAAAGAGCAGCAUUGGAGAAAAGUUCAAGGGAAAACAUGAAAAGCCCCAUGAUGUGCAAAAUGGCACAGAGGAGAUGGAGAUUGACAUAGCGACAGCAGGUGUUGAAGAGAUGAGAAACGACACCAUGGAUAAUGGAAUAUUUGAUAUGUCAGAUCGAGGGAAUGGGCAAGGCAGAGCAGACCUGGGACUGCAUGCGAGUGACUCAAGCGGCUACCAUAGUGAUCACGGCAAAUCCAAGAAAAAGAAGAGAAAACUUGGUGAGGAAGAAGGUGGACUCCCUGGAUUAUUAAAUCCCAAAGCUAAAAAGAAGAGAAAGCAAUGAGAAAUUGUAUAGAUAAUACUAAGUGUCUUAACUUGAAUCCAGAACUCUUCCAUCAGGUGUAGUUAGAGAAGGAAUGCUGCUGUAGAUUAUCUACAGACACAGGAAAGAUGAAUAAAAUAAUAUGAAACAAUAUAAGAAAAGAACUUAAAUGCACAUAGACAAUGAACAAUAAUGGAACAGGGGUUCCAUUUUCACCAUUACGUCUUUUUCAGACUUGUCCCAAUUAGUCCUUUUCGCAACAAUUUGGGGAAUGUGCUCCAAUAAUUUUUCUGAACCAGGGAUUGAUAACUUCUCAAUUAAAAGUUUUCUUUUGCUGAGAGGCUGUUCUCCUGAGAUGCAGAUUGGAUUUUUGGGGGGAGGGGGGAGAAAAAUUGGUCAUUUGCACUUUCUUCCCAGGACAAGUUGGGAAUAUUGUACUAUGUUUAGAAUGAAAGCUGUCAGAAACCAGCUUUGCCUUGACAUCCCCAGAGCAGUCUGUAUUCUUUCAAGUAUAAAUAAUUUUGGGGAGUCAUGCUUUAUCCUUCUUUUCAAAAUAAAAGAACUUAGGGAGAAAUUUCUGCUGAACAUCCAUAAUUUAUAUUUUAAUGGACUAAAUCUGGCAUUUAGUUACAUCUAGAAAUUGAAGUCUCUAAAACAUGUCUCUUAAUUAUUUGUGAUGAAUAACUAUUUUUAUACAUUUACAAAGGUGAUGUAAUGCCUGGA